CCUUGGACACAGAUAUCAUGUACAUGAACUUACAGUAUGAUAGACAAAGACAUGAACCAGGCCGUGCGGAUUGCUCUCUACAGCAUCAUCUUCCUCCUGAGCGUCUUCGGCAACAGCCUCAUCAUCGCCGUGCUGGUGAGGAACCGGCGGAUGCGCACCGUCACCAACCUCUUCCUCCUGUCGCUGGCCGCCAGCGACCUGAUGCUCUGCCUCUUCUGCAUGCCCUUCACCCUCAUCCCCAACCUCAUGAAGGACUUCGUCUUUGGCAGCGCCAUCUGCAAAGGGGCCAUGUACUUCAUGGGGAUCUCGGUGAGCGUGUCGACCUUUAACCUGGUGGCCAUCUCGCUGGAGCGCUACAGCGCCAUCUGCAACCCGCUGACCUCGCGCGCCUGGCAGACCAAGUCGCACGCCGCCAAGGUGAUCAGCGCCACCUGGGUGCUGUCGCUGCUGCUCAUGCUGCCCUACCCCAUCUCCAGCACGCUGGUGCCCUUCACCCGCGUCAACAACAGCACGGGCAACAUGUGCCGCCUCAUGUGGCAAAGCGAUGCCAUCCAGCAGUCCUGGUACGUGUUUCUGCUGCUGAUUCUCUUCCUGGUCCCGGGGAUAGUGAUGACGUUGGCCUACGGCCUGAUCUCUCUGGAGCUGUACAGAGGAAUCAAGUUUGAGAUGGACAACAGGAAGGCCAACAGGGAAAGGGAGAGCAGCACGGGGAGCCUGAAGCCUGCCGACUGCGACGGCUGCUACUUCCAGCCCUCCAAGAAGCGGCGCUCCGACGCGGCCCACCACCAGUCGGCGGCGCUGGUGAUCUCGUCCAGCAGCGGCAGCGCAGCGGGCGGUAGCGGUGGCGGCGGCAAGGCCAAGGUGAGCCGCGUGUGCAGCAGCAACCCCACCGCCAACCUGCUGGCCAAGAAGCGCGUGAUCCGCAUGCUGCUGGUCAUCGUGGUGCUCUUCUUCCUCUGCUGGAUGCCCGUGUUCACGGUCAACGCGUGGCGCGCCUUCGACCGGCGCUCGGCCGACCGGCUGCUGUCGGGCGCGCCCAUCUCCUUCAUCCACCUGCUGUCGUACACCUCCGCCUGCGUCAACCCCAUCAUCUACUGCUUCAUGAACAAGCGCUUCCGCCAGGGCUUCCUCACCACCUUCAGCUGCGACGCGGGCCGCGGGGCGGGGGGGGGAGGAGGAGGGACGGCGAGCGAGCGCACCGGGAGCCGGCGGAGCGUGCUGACCAUGUCUCCCCCAGUCUCCUCCAGUCUCCGCCAGUCUCCCCCAGUCUCCCCCAGUCCCCUCCAGUCCCCUCCAGUCUCCCCCAGUCCCCCCCAGUCUCCCCCAGUCUCCCCCAGUCUCUCCUGGGCUCUGGCGCUCUCCUCGCAGUGCUCUCAGCCUGGCUUUAAGGCCAUGACUCACAGACCACAAGGCCAGGACUCUGGAAGCCAAAACACUAAUACGGCCUGA